AAACCUCCUCGGAACCGAACCACGUCUCGUUGCGAGGCAAGGGAGUCAAAGUGAGGAUUUUUCGACGUCUUAUGUGCGUUCUGGCUGGCAGUAAUCCUAUUUCCCCACAAUAAUCAACCAAUAAUUGAUUGAAUUCAGAUAUGAUCAAAAGGAAGAUUUUUUUCUAAGAGCAAAGGAUGGCAGACAUUGGAAUUGUGAAAUAAAACCAGAGAACAUGAACACUCAUUAUACCAGACAAAGAAACCGAAGCAAAAAAUCAAAUCCAUCACAUUUCAUCAGAAAUGGAAAGUUUGAAAAUGAAUAUGUUUUAAGGUAUAUUGGAAAGAGGAGCACAGCAACCAUGCCAGAAAUAAACAUGGACAACCUGGAUGCCAAACAGGUCCAGCUCUUGGCUGAAAUGUGCAUCCUCAUUGAUGAGAAUGAUGUAAAAACUGGAGCAGACACAAAGAGAAAUUGUCAUCUGAAUGAAAACAUUAAUAAAGGUUUGCUUCACAGAGCCUUCAGCGUUUUUAUCUUCAACAAUGAGGGGAAGCUUUUGCUGCAACAGAGGUCUGAUGCAAAGAUCACUUUCCCAGGCUGUUUUACAAACACUUGUUGCAGCCAUCCUCUUAGCACUGCAGCAGAAACAGAAGAGAAGGAUGCACUUGGUGUAAGACGAGCAGCCCAGCGCAGAUUAAAAGAGGAGUUUGGCAUACCUAUGCAACAGGUCCCUUUAGAAGAGAUGAAUUACUUGACCCGCAUUCACUACAAGGCUCAGUCUGAUGGGAUCUGGGGAGAACAUGAAAUUGACUACAUAAUAUUUAUGCAGAAGGAUGUAACGCUGCAACCGGAUCCUAAUGAGAUCAAAAGUCAUUGCUACGUGACACAAGAGGAAUUGAAGGAACUGUUGGAAAAAGCAGAAAACAAGGAAGUGAAAAUCACACCAUGGUUCAAACUUAUUGCUGAGAAGUUUCUCUACACAUGGUGGGACAGUCUGCAUAACCUGAAGCAGUUCGUAAAUCAUGAGGAAAUCCACCGAAUGUAGAAUGCAUUUUACUUUCUAUUAAAUUGCCUUGCAAAGAGAGUUGCUAAUCAAA